AAGCACAACUCUUAUACACCUGGAGGAGACACAAACAGCGCCAAUACAAUUUCUUUUGUUUGGCUUUUCUCAAUUUCACCUUCAAUACAGUAAGAAUUAUCAACAGUGGAUGAUAGGUGGCUUGACAGGAACUGAGAGUCAAAAUGAUUUCCCAGGCAGAGGCUCUGCCAGGAUUUUGCUAAUUCCUUACUGUAUGUGCUGGCUUUCUCAUCUUUACCAAGAGCAACUGAACUCUAUGAUUCAAAUACCUGAAGCACCAGCUAUUAUGCUGCUCCUAAAAUCUUAGCUUACAUGGUUUGAAUAGGAAUUGGCAUUCAGCAACAACGAAACAAAUGUAAAAAAGACACUGAAAAGGCAAAGCCUGCUGUGACACUGCUCAACUAUUACCGGGAAAGCUAGUUCUUUGUGAGCAAAGCCAGCCCUGCCCGGUAACCAUUGCUCUGCAGAGAGCUACAUUCAGGCUGGAAGGGGUUACUUCACUAAACCCUCUCUCAUCAUCUGCCUGCAGCAUGUUACUGAGCUGUCAGCAUGUGUGAAUCCUAACCGGAAGGCAAACAUUUCAUCCAACUGGGUAAGAAGAAAACACCAGAAUGCCACAAUGAUUAGAAAUCCUGAUCUGCACUCCUUCGUAUGUUGUGCUGCAUGUUCAAAAAUAGUACCACCACCACCUUCCAAUGCUACUUUUGAUCGGAUUCGGGAGUAUAAGCCUUUCAUAACAAGGUAUUACACUCAUCGUGAUAUACUGGAGAUUGGAGCGCACAUUGAACAAGAAAAAUAUGAAAAGAAGGAGGCAGAGGUACGAGAGUACAUUGAGAAAAUGAAAGCUGAAAUUUGGUCCCAGGCUGAAACACUCAAGGAAGAUGCAGUGGAAAAAGCCCUCAACGAGGCAGCCGCUAAACACAGUGCAUUUGUACACGACCUUCAAAAAAACUUUGAAAAGAAAUUAAGGGAAGAGGUGAUGAAGGCAGAGGCAGAGAUGCAGUUGUACAUGGAAGAACAGCAGAAGAGAGAGGCAGAAGCUGCAGAGCAGCACAUGGCUCACAGACUUCAGAGGAUCCUCAUGGAAUGUGCCCAGGACAAGACCCGAGCUGUGGCCAAAGCCAGAAAACAGGAGAGGGAGGCAGCCUUUCAGGCAGCACUCACUCUGCACAGAAUGUGCUCAGAACAACUUAAAGAAGAAAUUAGGUUAGCUGAGGAACAAUAUCAUAAGAGUAUAGAGCAAUUAAAAAAAGAAAAAGAUCGUGAGAUUCAUAUUGUCCGGAGUAUCAUACAAAAAGAGAGUGAGACUGAGACUGAAAAACAGCCUGAAAAAGCAGAGACUUUACAGGUUGGUGAGCUGGAAAAAGUUACGGUUAUGCUGAAAGCAGCAGAAGAACAGAUAAAGACUCUCACACAAGAACUGGAAAAGGUGACAGAAUGGAAGGACAUCCUGGAAAAUGAAAUACAAGCAACAAGACAAACCUUUCAAAGGUAUAUUGAUGCCACGUUUCCUAGCCUGUCCCCUGGACAAGCAGAUUUUAUUUUGCCAUUCAGGGAAGCAUUUCAGCAGAAGGACACACCAGAAGCAUCAGAGGACAGUGACAGUAUAGGAGAACUAGUAUCCGAAGUGUGAGAUUCACAGCCAUGGGUAAACAGAACUACAAACAGGCAAUGCUGAAAAAUAAAGUCAUUUCUGCUCACUGAAUUACAUUAUUGUGGUUAGAAUGAUACAGAGAAAAAUGACUACCACUGUAUUAAAUAAUUGGUGAGCCAUGCUGACAAAUUAUCGGUUAAUUUUUGUUUCACAAAUGCGAGGUUGGAACAGGUAACGCUUGAGGAGCUUCCCACUGAGUCCUUCUUGAGAAGGAAAAAGGCAGAAAAAUCUACGAAAAUCUCAGUUAAGCACGAGCGCUUGGACUUUGAGGACUGUUGGCUCUGCCCCUGAAUAGUUGGGUGUGGAAUAAGACACGCAGGCUUUGAACAACUGCACCUCAGGUUCCGAGAUUUACAGGGUGGUUAUUCAAUGCAGUGGUGUGUACGUCUAUGUCUAUGUAAAGUCCCUGCAAGUGAGUGGCUACAUGAUCUGAAAACUCACCUGGCUUGAGAGACAGCUUUUGAGGAAAAAGUGUGUGCCAGCAGGCAUGCAAAAUAAUUUUCCCUUGGGAGGACUCAGGUUUAUCUAUUCACACGUGCCUGAAGCCUGCAUGGCUUUAGGCCAGCCUCAGUACACUGAUUUGUUCCGAGAUUGUGCCUGCCUAAACAGCUGAUUUGCCUUCACUGUGUAGUAAGACUUCCCACAGCAUUUGCUUAAUGUUCACUAAAGCUUUAUGUCUUUCUUGUUACCUGUUAAUCUAAAAACACUGCACAGCAUCUAGAGUGUAGCUGAAGAAUGUAAAGGAGCUGGUAUUUACUGUAGGUGAUAGAAAGUAUAAUAUGGUGAAUGACAUACCUGUCUAUAGGUAUGUCAUUUAAAUGAUUUUUUAAGAGAGCAGUCUGUACAGCCAUCUUUUCCUCAUGCUCAAAAACAACCCCAGAAAACCAAAAAGCAGAAUAAUCUCAUAGAUAUCCAUCACUCUACCAAACUAAGAAGUAAAGACAAGUGAAGUCACUGGUUUCUUCUGAAACAGUUUAAUUCAUAUAAAAUAUGUUGAGCAGGUAUUUGGCAGGCUCUGGCACUAUUUCUGACCUACAUACCUGUAAAACCUUAUUCCACUGAAUUGUGGAAGCUCUUGCUCUGGAGAGCUGAUGCUCCCUGUUCAUUUUCUCUCUUAGGUUUGCAAUGAAAAGAACCCAAACUUCAUGUUCACGGUUGUCUAAUCAAAUGGAUAAACUGCUCAGAACCCAAGACAAAACUUGUGUUUGCAGCUUAAAAGCCCAUCGACAGUCUGAAAUACUCCAUAAGAUCCAUAAACCAUUUUCUAAAGAAAGCAUUUACAUAUGCAUUAAGCAUAAAAGUCUUUUGAAACUACAGGAGUAAAAUACUGGAACUAAAGUACUAGCAGCAGCAUCAUGCAAUAUCUAAAGCUGGUGAACACUCUGUUGGCUUAGCUGGUUAAAGGCUCACCUCAGUACACACCAAGGAGCCCAGAGGCACAGAUGCAGCUGGGAGAACCCUAGCAAACCAGUCAGAGGAAUAAGUCUCCAAUCCAGCCCCUCCCGGGUCAUCUCAGGAGGGUGUUAGCCCCAUGGACUGGGAGUGAGACCCAGCACCAGAAGUCAAUUGAAGAGGCUUUCUGGAGAGCCUUGCAGACUGAGGGUGGAUACAGCCUGGAG